ACUUAGUCGUGAAGUUGUUAUAUUCCAGUCUCCGUGUCUUUCCUCCCUUUCAUAAGUCUCCAUUGUCAUCGCUUCACUUCAACAGUCAUUAGGGUUUGAAAGGGAAUACACACUUCAAUUCACGCUCUCGCCCCAUCACUCUCCGUAAUCAUGCUAACCGGACUUGCCAGAGGCGCGUCUAUGGUCGCAGCCGAGGUCGGAGUUCUCAGACGCCGUUUUCAAAGAACUCUGCCCCUUCAAUCGCCGGAACACUCCUCUACUUCAUUUUCUGCUCUCACUUCCUCCUACUCGCCCCUCUCUGCCAACCCUAUGGUCGCCGAGGACAACGACCUAGUCAUGGAGGCCGGAGAGCCACUCCCUAGACUCGUAUUUGGAGGCGUUCCUAGUUUUGAAGAAGCUAAGGAAGCCACCGCUGAGUUGAAGGAGGUCUUGGAUGCGAUGUGUCUGUCGUCGCCUAAAUACUUUGAAUCAGAUACCUCAUUGAUGCCGGGAAUUUCUCUGUCUCUGAACAAUGAGACGGUGGAUAACGGAUUUGGUGUGAUCAUGGAGAACGAUGCAAGUAAUCCAGGGCGUGAACAUGUUCGCGAAGCAUUCCGUUUGCUUUGCUGUAGCUCUAAAAUCCAGAACAUUGUUUCAGCCGUCGCCUGUGACCAAAAUGUAUUCAACGCUGUGCUUGAGAAUUCUGAUGUCAAGGAACUCAUCCAGACAUACAAAACCAGUUCUGAUAAGGAGGAUGAAGGAGAUGUUACCCAAGAGGGGGAAUCAGGAGCACGCGUGGUUAAAAAGCUGAGGAAUAUGAAAGAUUUCGUAGUUAAAAUGGUGAGUAAUAUACCAAGUCAUCUUCCAGGCUUCUUGCAUGGAUCUGCAGCUAUGGAGAUUGCUUAUGGAUCUUCAUCUAUGGAGAGUGCUUAUGGAUCAGAUCAUAAAGAAAGCAUAACCAUGAAGGCUCGCAAAUUUGGUUUCGGCUGUGUGGAAAAGCUCAGAAACCUGAAAAAUUCAGCUGUUGAAGUGGCUACUAAAAUACCAAAUUAUCUUCCAAACUGGUAUGGAUCUUCAGCUGCAGGGGGUGGUUCUGGAUCAGAUCAUGAAGGAAACGCCCAAAGUUCUACCCCUGAAAUGGGUUUAGGAACGUCUCUUACGGGGUUGGCAAUCAUGGUUAUUAUGAUUGUAGUGUUCAAGCGAAUUUAGACUCUGUCUCAACACAUUGUGCUGGAGGCAGAGUUGGGCAGGAAUGUAAUUGAUAGUAUAAGGGAGGGAGGUACUUUAUCUUAGCAAAUCUGUUGAACUUUUUAAAGUGAUUCUCUGUGUUUGUUUGCAUAGAGAGUAUAUGUAUGUUACUAUGAAUAAUGGGAUUGCUGUUAUGGAGUUUAUGAAA